CGCCGCUCGAGGCGCGACGCGCUGCAGUUCAACGUCGCGGUUUCCAGACGAGGCUUUUCGAGCCUUGGCCGGAUCGAAUUGGCUGUACGGCCGUCACCCGCACCGCGGCCCAUUUGCGGUCGGAGGAAUCGGGCCCUAGCCGGCCGCCGUAGCUAACCUCUCUGUAGUGGGCGGGGUCAAGGCCGGGUGACCCCCGCCGGAGCCGCCGCUGCCAGCGACAUGUUCAAGGUGAGUGAUUUUGAGUGUGGUGGGAUUUGGAAGAGGCAUUGGCCAAAGAACAGAAAAGAUAAGUGAGAGGCUUUGAGGGCGCUGCUGAGAACUGCUACUGGCCGUCUUUCAUGAUUGCAGCCUGGAGUGGGGCUGAGCACAUGGUAAUUCAGAGGUCUGUGGGGCCGGCCAGCUUGAGCCUGCUCACCUUCAAAGUCUAUGCAUCGGCAAAAAAGGACUCAUCUCACAAAGCUGCUGUGAAGGUUAAUGAGCUUUCACUCUACUCUGUUCCUGAGGGUCAGUCUAAAUAUGUGGAAGAGCCAAGGACCCAACUUGAAGAAAGCAUCUCCCAUCUCCGACAUUAUUGCAAACCAUAUACCAGUUGGUGUCAGGAAAUGUACUCCCAAACUAAUCCCAAGAUGCAAAGUUUGGUUCAGUGGGGGUUAGACAGCUAUGAAUAUCUCCAAAAUGCACCGCCUGGAUUUUUUCCAAGACUUGGUGUUAUUGGUUUUGCUGGAGUUGUUGGACUCCUUUUGGCUAGAGGUUCAAAAAUAAAGAAGCUGGUGUAUCCACCUGUUUUCAUGGGAUUAGCUGCCUCUCUUUAUUAUCCACAACAAGCCAUCGUAUUUGUCCAGGUCAGUGGGGAGAAAUUAUAUGACUGGGGUUUACGAGGAUACAUAGUCGUAGAAGAUUUGUGGAAGGAGAACGUUCAAAAGUCGGAAAAUGUGAAGAAUUCACCCGGAAAUAAGUAGAAUACUCCAUGCUCUGCCCAUUUUAAUCAGUUCCAGGUAAUCAUUGGAAACUCCAUAUGGUAAACCAGUAUUUCUACAGAAAAAUGGCAGAGAAGUCAGUAUUGAAUGUAGUAAAUUGGCAUUCUUCUUCAGGAAAAAC